AUGCUCGCUGGUAAAGGUAACCUGCUGUCGCUGGGCUGGGUGCUGCUGGGAGGCUUCGUCCUCUACCGCCUCGCCCUCUACGUCCAGGCAGCGCUGGCUCGCCGUCGAGCUGCAAAGGAACAUGGCUGCAAGGCGCCGCCAGCCUAUCCCGACUUCGAUCCCAUCUUUGGCCUGGGGCUCGUCUUCGAGGCCGUCAAGAGCAGCAAGCACGACACCUUUCUCGAGGACAUCUGGAAGCGAUACCAGAAUAAUAACGACGUGCGAGCCGGAGAACGUCAAGACGGUGCUGGCGGUCAAGUUCGGCGACUACGAGCUCCCUCCCAGACGCAAGGCAAGCUUCCCGACUGGGAGCACUCCAGAUCGAUGCUGCGGCCCAACUUCUCCCGCUCCCAGAUCGCAGACCUGAACAUGUUCGAGCGCCACGUCCGCGAGCUCAUCGAGCUGAUACCCACGGACGGCUCGACGGUCGACCUCCAGAACCUCUUCUUCGGCAUGACCCUCGACUCAGCCACGGAGUUCCUCUUCGGUGAGUCUGCCAGCACCCUAUCUGGCCACCGCAGCACCGCUCCCAAGGGCGACAUCUUCGGCCAGUCCUUUGACUACUGCACCGGCUACAUCGGUCGCCGCGUCAGGGUCGGCCUGCCCACCGCCUUCGCGAGCGGGAAGUACAAGCAGGGCGUCAGAGACGUGCAUACUUUCGCAGACCAUUAUGUCAAGAAGGGUAUCGAGCGGUAUAACUCGCGUGAGAAGGGAGCGGACGGCACGGACGAGGCCGGACGGUACGUCUUUUUGGACGAACUGGUCAAGGAGACGCAGGAUCCGCUUGUUUUGAGAUCAGAGCUCAUGAACAUCCUGCUGGCCGGCCGUGAUACCACUGCCAGUCUGCUCACCCUCUUCUGGAACACCGUGUCGAAACGCCAGGAUGUCUGGGAGAAGCUGCAGGCCGAGAUCCAGACGCUCGAUGGCCGUAUCCCGUCUUUUGAGGAGAUCAAGGAACUAAAGUAUCUCCGCUACACCAUGAACGAGGGAGCAGUUCUCCGACUAUACCCUGUGGUCCCGGGUAACGCUCGCAGUGCCAUCCGUGAUACCAUCCUCCCUUGCGGCGGUGGACCAGACGGCCAGUCCCCCGUCUUCGUCCCCAAGGGAACUUCCGUCGUAUACAGUGCCUUCUCCAUGCAUCGUCGUACCGACAUCUACGGGCCCGAUGCUCUCGAGUUCAAACCUGAGCGGUGGGAGACCCUCAGACCUGGAUGGGGCUAUCUCCCAUUCAACGGUGGUCCCCGAAUCUGUCUUGGCCAACAAUUCGCACUUACGGAAGCAUCGUAUGCUACCGUCAGGCUUAUGCAGAGAUUCAGAACAAUCGAGUCUAGAGAUCCGCAUCCCUGGACGGAGCUGCUCACCGUCACUUGCUCGAGCAAGUACGGUGCAAAGGUGGCCUUGAGAUAG